AUGCAGACCCUCGGUCCCCGGCGGAGGUGGCCCGGGCUCCCCUGCCCCAGUGCGCGUGAGGCGGCCUCCAUGUACGGCACUGCCGUGGCCGUGUUCCUGGUCAUCCUGGUGGCUGCGCUGCAGGGCUCCGCACCCCCUGAAAGCCCCUUCACCUACCACAUCCCAUUGAACCCCGAGGAGACCCUGGAGCUGUCCUGGAAUGUCAACUACACCCAGGAGACGGUGAACUUCCAGCUCCUGGUCCGGAAGCUGCAGGCCGGCGUGCUCUUCGGCAUGUCUGACCGCGGCGAGCCGGAGAACGCAGACCUGGUUGUGCUCUGGACAGAUGGGGACAGAGCCUACUUUGGGUACGAGCCCAUUGUCACCGCGGGCAACGAGGCCCUGGUCCACCACAUGGAGAUCUUCCAGUGCUCGGCCACCUACGAGAGCUUCCCCCACUUCAACGGGCCCUGCGACUCCAAGAUGAAGCCGGAGCGUCUCAGCUACUGCCGCCACGUGCUGGCUGCCUGGGCUCUGGGCGCGAAGGCGUUUUACUACCCGGAGGAAGUGGGCUUGCCCUUUGGCGGUCAGGGCUCCUCCCGGUACCUCCGCUUAGAGGUCCACUACCACAACCCUCUGAACACCCAAGGCCGGCGCGACUCCUCGGGCAUCCGCCUGUACUACACGCGCUCGCUGCGGCGCUACGACGCGGGCAUCAUGGAGCUGGGGCUGGUGUACACGCCCGUGAUGGCCAUCCCUCCGCGGGAGCCCGCCUUCACGCUCACGGGCUACUGCACCGACAAGUGCACCCAGCUGGCGCUGCCGCCCUCCGGAAUCCACAUCUUCGCCUCACAGCUGCACACACACCUGACCGGCCGCCAGGUGGUGACGGUGCUGGCCCGGGAUGGCCAGGAGAGGGAGGUGGUGAACAGGGACACGCACUACAGCCCCCACUUCCAGGAGAUCCGCAUGCUGAAGAAGGUGGUGACCGUUCACCAGGGAGACGUCCUCAUCACUUCCUGCACAUAUAACACGGAGGACAGGCAGCUGGCCACUGUGGGCGGCUUCGGGAUCGAGGAGGAGAUGUGCGUCAACUACGUGCACUACUAUCCCCAGACCCAGCUGGAGCUGUGCAAGAGCACCAUGGACGCCGGCUUCCUGCAGAAGUACUUCCACCUGGUGAACAGCUUUGACAGCAUGAACAUCUGCACCUGCCCGCAAACCUCCAUCCCCCAGCAGUUCGCCUCCGUGCCCUGGAAUGCCUUCAACCGGGACGUGCUCAAGGCCCUGUACGGCUUUGCCCCCAUCUCCAUGCACUGCAACAAGUCCUCAGCUGUCCGCUUCCAGGGUGAGUGGAACCUACAGCCGCUGCCCAAGAUCACCUCCACUCUGAGGGGGCCCGCCCGGCACUGCCCCGCCAGCCGGGCCCAGCGCCCCAGCGGCCCCACCGUGGUCAACGUGACUAGGGGCAGAGGCUGAUGGGGGCCCUCCCUCCCCCAUCCCUCCUGCUGUCCCUGUCCUGUCCCCCUGACCGCCCCUCUCUGUGAAGACCCCUUGGAACAACUGCGUGCCCAGGACCUCUGAGACCUGGCCCACCCCAGCUCUCCCCCAGGGCUCGGGGACCCCAGUGGUGGCUGACCUGCCCUCUGACCCCUGUGCUAAGGAAGCUUCCGAUUAAGCCCCCCACUGUCCCAAGAGCUGGCUCCACACUAGGCCCUCAUGGGGUUGCCAGCAUCCCCCCAACCUCCGCCCACCCCAGCGUGUCCCCCGGCAGGCAAGGUGCUCUGCCGUGCAUGCCGGGUGGGAGUUCUGCUUGGCGGUCUCCGGCAGCUCAGCCUCUUUCCCGCGGGGGUGUCUGUCUCAGAGGCAGGACAGGCAUUGAGCUCAUUAGAGCCGUGGGGGGAAAUUGCUCCCUGGCGCAGUAAACAGACAUUAUCACCCACCUAAAGGGAGACUCGGCAGCAAACACCUCCCAGAUGGGACAGACCGCUCGCCCCCCAGUCCCCCAGGUGAUGAGGGGUUCCUGAACCGGGGCUGGUUCUGCCACCCGGGAGCGGGAGGAGGCACUCAGGCAGGCCAUGUGCUGCCCACCCUUGAUUUCUCUCUGUGAGAUGGCCGAGAGGCGGACGGUGGUUCUCGGACAGCCCCCACCCCACCCCCGCAGCAGCCACAAGUCUGGCCCGGACAGAGCUCCACUCGGAUGACUGCUGGAGAGAGUGGCCAGGAAGAGACAGGCACCGGUGGGCAGGAGAGGCCGGCCGGCCAGCAUCUUUACAGCCUGGGGUGGCCGGCGGGGCCAGCCCAGCCUCUCGGGACCUUAGCUCCCCUAGCCGCUGAGAGUCCCCCCUCUGACCCUGCCAAGGGUCUGGCUAGUACAUAGAGUAGUGGGUUUGAGGAGACGUACCCCCAGAAGCAGGCUGCCCCCCACCCCAGUCUGGCCCCCAGGGAGAGGCUGUUGCCUGAGAGGAGGGGCAGGGGGGUGCCCACAUGACUUGGGGGUGGAUAUCCAGGUGCCCCCACAGCAGCAGCCCUGUGCUUUUCUGCCAGGCCCAAAUGGGGGGCCUGGCUGCUCCUGCGCCCCCACCCGUGCGU